AUGAAUGAUUUAGUGUUUAUUACCUUGAAUUGGAUUACGGGAAGAUCCGUGCUAGAGGAAAGUUUGUCUGGCAUGCUACUGAAUGAAGUGCAGCACAUCAGAAGAAAAUUUGCAUCGAGCUUUCCUAUUUUUGUGGCCCCCCAAAAUAUCAGAUAUGCUUAUGAACUAGCUAGAGAAACAGUAGUUUGUGAAACAAGGAUACAAGUGGACACUCAGAAAACGACUUGCGCUAUAUGUUUAGAUGAAGAUAUCAAUGCUGAUCAGAUGUUUUCUGUUGAUAAAUGCGGUCAUUGGUUUUGUUCCGAGUGUGUGAAACGACAUAUAGAAGUAAAGCUACUGGAGCAAGGUUUUGUGAGAUGUCCUCAGCAUCGCUGCAAGUCUAAGUUGACUUUUACACGCUGUGCUUAUCUUUUGACUCCUGAACUACAAGCCAUAUGGUUACAAAGGAUUAAAGAGGAUUCAAUUCCUGUAUCGGAGAGAUUCUAUUGCCCGAACCCUAGGUGUUCUGCUUUAAUGUCGGAGAAGGAGCUCUGGAAAUCUACUAAAGAAGCUGGAGUUAGAUGCUGCGGUAAAUGCGGUGAACCCUUUUGCAGCAGAUGUAAAGUUCCGUGGCAUAAUAAUAUGUUGUGCGACCAUUACAAGAGGUUGCAUCCAAAUCCUACAGAAAACGAUGGAAAGCUAAAAGCUCUAGCAGACGAGAAGAUGUGGCGUCAAUGCGGGAAGUGUCAACACAUGAUUGAACUUUCUCAAGGCUGCAUCCGCAUAAAGUGCAGAUGUGGUCAUGAAUUUUGCUACCAGUGUGGAGCCGAGGCUAGACGUUGCCCUCAUGGACAUGGCCCUGACCCACGGGGUGUACGGCCGCUACCAAUGUGGCUAAAAAUCUUGUCUUGGGUUAUCUUUUUGGGACUCGCUAUUUUAGUUAUUUGGUACGUAAAGUAGAACAGACUAAAUACUUUUUUUUUUGAAAAGGAGAUUAAAUACUAUUCUUGCUUUGUAUUUUAAAAUUCCUUUGCUCUCUGUCAUUUGCUGAUUGCAACCUACAAUAGAGUUAUAGAGUAGUUGCUUUAAUAUACAUCUUGAACCACCUUCAUGAUCACGUGUUUCCUUUUGGUGUACGUUUUCUUCUUUUGAUAUGCCGUACUGGUUGGUACAACGUAAAUUAUAUGAUUCUCCACCAGAGGUUUUUCCUACGAUUGGCAGUGUAGCCCUUUCUUCAAGAUCAGAGGCCGAGAGGAGAGCUAAUGCUCCCGAGGCUGAGAGGUGACGCAUGCAUUUUUCAAUUUUUGUUUUUUGUUUGUUUGUUUCUUACUACUGUCAAAAAGGAAAACAAAGUAGUGUAAACACCUAAACUUGCAUAAACUGUUAAACGUAAACUCUAUAUAAUUGUUUUUUU